AUGAUCAUUAAAAUCUCUCAGCGCGUGUUUGUUGGCGAUCGGCUAUCCCAGGAUCCAGAUUGGAUCCAAGCUAUCAAGGAUUGCACUGGCGGAGCUUUCAGUGCCGUUCCUGAGCUGUGGAAAUACCCCGCAUUGCUUCAGGCAUUGGUGGCAUGGAGAAUGCCACAGCUGCGUGCUAUAAGAAAGCAUAGGGCAAAGGCUAAGGAUCUCCUCUGA